AUGGUUCGCGCUCACCUCUUGACCGCGGUUGCUGCUUUCUGCCAUGUGGCUAAUGCAGGAUGUCCCUAUAUGGAUGACAAGGCUCCUGUCCGCCGAGAUGGUGCCUCAUCCGGCGCUCAGUCCACCGACGAAUUCAUGAAGCAGUAUGAAAUCGACGACAAGGACGCGUACCUUACCAGUCCCGUCGGAUCAGCUUUCUCGGAUCAAGAGUCUUUGUCAGCCGGCGAGCGUGGCCCUACGUUGUUGGAGGAUUUCAUCUUCAGGCAGAAAAUCACUCACUUUGACCACGAGCGUGUUCCCGAGCGUGCAGUCCAUGCUCGCGGAGCUGGAGCUCAUGGAGAGUUUGAGAGUUUUGGUGACUGGUCGAAUAUCACUUCCGCCUCGUUCCUCAAUGGUGCGGGCAAGAAAACGCCCACGUUCCUUCGAUUUUCCACCGUGGCAGGCUCCAGAGGCUCUAUAGACACGGCCAGAGAUAUCCACGGGUUUGCUUUACGCUUUUACACGGACGAAGGAAACUUUGACAUCGUCGGAAACAACGUUCCUGUGUUCUUUAUUCAGGAUGCCAUUAAGUUCCCUGAUCUUAUCCAUGCCGUCAAGCCCAAGCCCGAUCGCGAAAUCCCCCAGGCAGCCACUGGCCACGACUCCGCUUGGGACUUCUUCAGCCAGCAACCAAGCACCAUGCACGCACUGCUCUGGGCUAUGUCCGGACACGGCACCCCUCGUAGCUAUCGUCAUCUUGAUGGAUGGGGGGUGCAUAGCUUCCGCUUUGUGACAGACGCUGGUGCAACCAAACUGGUCAAGUUUAGGUUUCGCUCGCUUCAAGGAAAGGGCAGUCUGCUUUGGGAAGAGGCACAGAUGGCGGCCCAAAACGCCGAUUUUCAUCGCCAGGAUCUCUUCGACAGCAUCGAGAAGGGCCAGUACCCCGAGUGGAUCUUUGAGGCGCAAAUCAUGGAAGAAGCCGACCAGCUCAAGUACGGAUUCGAUAUGCUUGACCCAACAAAGAUUGUCCCGGAAGACAUUAUCAUGUUCCAACCAGCUCAUUUGGUUCGUGGUAUCGAUUUCACUGAUGACCCUUUGCUCCAAGGUCGCAUCUUUUCCUACUUGGACACACAGCUCAACCGUCACGGAGGCCCGAAUUUCGAGCAACUUCCUAUUAACCAGCCUCGAGUCCCUGUUCACACCAACGACCGCGAUGGCGCUGGCCAGAUGUUCAUUCCCUUGAACACCGCUGCCUACAGCCCCAACACCUUGAAUGAUGGCUUUCCCAAGCAAGCAAACCAGACCACCGGAAGAGGAUUCUUUACCGCUCCUAACCGCUCUGUUGGCGGGAAGCUCGUGCGAGCAGUUUCGUCGACCUUCGCAGAUGUUUGGUCUCAGCCUCGCCUCUUCUUCAACUCUCUUUCGGCUAUUGAACAACAAUUUGUUGUCAACGCUAUUCGAUUUGAAAUUGCGCAGCUCAAGAGCACCGUCGUCAAGACCAAUGUCCUUAUCCAGCUCAACCGUAUCAGCCAUGAGCUAGCGGAAAGAGUAGCGGUCGCCGUCGGCAUGACUGCGCCAGCUGCUGACCCUACGUACUACCACAACAACAAGACCAUCGGUGUUCGCCCAGGCGGUGCUCCCCUCCUCAAGCUCGAUGGCCUCUCGGUCGGUUACCUCACCUCGGCGUCUGCGGUGGACAAGGCCGCGGAUCUGAAGAAGGCCUUUGGAGACGUCAAGGUUGGUCUGACUGUCGUCGCCGAGCACCUCGGUGAGGGCAUUGACCAAACCUACUCGGCUACAAACGCAGUACAAUUCGAUGCUAUCAUCGUGGACGCACGUGCCCAAGACCUCUUCGCACCUACAGGCAGCCUUGCCAACUCGGGCAACGCCACUACCAAGGCCCGUUCAACUUUGUACCCGCCAGGAAGACCCCUUGAUGUCUUCCAAACCGGAUACAAGUUCGGUAAGCCUGUUUCCGUACUGGGAUCUAGCAAGACCACCUUCGAGGCUGCAGGCAUCCAGGCAGACACCCCUGGUGUCUAUGCCUUCGAUGCGGCUAGCGAUGCUUCGGCAGUUGUCAAGAAGAUCUCUGAAGGACUGUUGACCUUCAAGUUCCUUGACCGAUACCCUCUCGAUUCUCAGUAGGCGCAGCGCAAGCUCUCAUAGAUUGGUGUUGUAAUUAGAUAUAUAGUUAUAAUUGAUUGGUAUCGCUUCA